GUGUCCUCCUUCUCAGUGUCCGUCACUCGACGAUCUGUGAGUGGAUGUGAGCCGUCGUGUGUCUGAGCAGCGGAGAGAGACCCGGAGACCCGGAGCACCGCAGCGGCAGCAUGGGGAAGAAACAGAAGAAAUCCGGAGAGGACAGUGCCAAAGACGACGGCGUGGACAUCGACGCUCUGGCUGCAGAGAUCGAAGGAGCCGGAGCCUCCAAGGAGCCAAAAGGGAAGAAGAAGAAGAAAGGAGCCAAGAAAGACGACUUCGAUGAGGACGACAUCCUGAAGGAGCUGGAGGAGUUGUCUCUGGAGACUCCGGGAGUAAAAGGAAAGAAAUCCGACGCUGCAGAGGAGACGGAGUUUAUUGAGCCUCCCAAACCUGAGAAGAAGAAGACCAGGAAGGGCAAGAAAGGUGGAGCGAGCCCUGAGGAUGAGGAGGGCGAUGAAGGCGAAGGUCAGGCUGACAGAGAGCAGCAGAAAGAGGACAAGACGGCGCCUCCUGCUGCUCCUCCUCCUGCUGCUCCUCCCUCCGACUCUGACGAGGACAGCGGCUCGCAGUCUCGCCUCAAGACCAAAGGAGGCAAAAAGGGAAAGAAAGCGUCGGUGUCGGACGGCGAGGACAACAGAGACGAGGACGACGGCGUGAGGAGAGGAGGGAAGGAGGAGGACGGGUCGGAGGACGAGGACGACGAGGAGGAGGAGCUCACCUCCAGGAGAGACAAGAAGAAGAAGAACAAAGGGAAAGCCAAGGCAGACAGCGAGGACGAGGAGGAGGAGGGAGGAGAAGGCUUCAAGAUGAAGACGGCGGCGCAGAAGAAGGCGGAGAAGAAGGAGCGGGACAAGAAGAAGAAGGAGGAGGAGCGGCUGAAGAGGAUGAAGCAGAAAGAAAAAGAGAAGGAGAAGGAGGGCAGCGUGGAGCCCAAGAAAGAGCCCGAGAAGAAAACAGCAGAAGCCCCGCCCCCUCAGGUAGAGCAGCCUGCCGAGGAACAGGAAGGGGCGGAGCCAGCAGGGGAAGAGGAGAUGGAGGGCGACAAAAAGAAGAAGGACAAGAAGAAGAAGAAGGGGGAGAAGGAGGAGAAGGAGAAAGAGAAGAAGAAGGGACCCAGCAAGGCCACAGUGAAGGCCAUGCAGGAGGCUCUGGCCAAGAUGAAGGAGGAGGAGGAGCGGGCCAAGAGGGAGGAGGAGGAGCGUCUGAUCAGGCUGGAGGAGAUGGAGAAGCAGAGGCAGGAGCAGGAGCGUCUGGAGCUGGAGCGCAAGGAGAAGAAGAAGCAGAAGGAGAAGGAGAGGAAGGAGCGGCUGAAGAAGGAGGGCAAGCUGCUGACCAAAGCCCAGAGGGAGGCGAGAGCUCGGGCCGAGGCCACGCUGAAGCUGCUGCAGGCGCAAGGAGUAGAAGUGCCAUCCAAAGACUCGAUGCCAAAGAAGAAGCCAGUUUACGGGGAUAAGAGGAGGAAGAAGCCCACCGCUCAGACUCCUGAAGAAACGUCAGAGGUCACCUCGCCGACGCCUGAGACGCCGGAGCCCGUUCCCAUGGAGACGGAAGCUAAGACGCCGGCUGCAGAGCCCGAGGUGAAGCCCGAACCGGCGGUAGACGACUGGGAGGCGAUCGCCACCGAUGAGGAGAAAGAGUUGAAGAAAGUCCACAUCGAGGUGAAGGAGGACACCACGGCUCCCCCUCAGCCGACGGGCAGCGAGGAGGAAGAGGAGGACGAAGAUGACGAUGACGACGAGGAGGACGAUGAGGAAGACGAUGACGACGAGGAAAGCGAGGAAGAGACGGAGAAGGAGGCGACGCCAACACCUGCACCGGCAAGUCAGGGCAAAAGGAGGGCGGCAAAGGAGAGCGAGGACGAGAGCAGCGAGAGCGACGAUGACGACGGGAGGACGAAGGAGGAGCGGCUGUACGACCGCGCCAAGAGGAGGAUCGAGAAACGGCGAGCGGAGAACCUGAAGAACAUCGACCUAGACACACUGAGAUCGCCGGUGGUGUGUGUGCUCGGACACGUCGACACCGGAAAGACAAAGAUCCUCGACAAACUGCGACACACACACGUCCAGGACGGCGAGGCUGGAGGAAUCACUCAGCAGAUCGGAGCCACAAACGUCCCCAAAGAGACGAUCGAGGAGCAGACGAGGAUGGUGAAAAAUUUUGAGAAAGAAAACCUGAAGAUCCCCGGCAUGCUGAUCAUCGACACACCGGGACACGAGUCCUUCAGUAACCUGAGGAACAGAGGCAGCUCGCUGUGCGACAUCGCCAUCCUGGUGGUGGACAUCAUGCACGGCCUGGAGCCCCAAACACUCGAGUCCAUCAACCUGCUGAAGGAGAAGAAGUGCCCUUUCAUUGUUGCCCUCAAUAAGAUCGACCGUCUGUACGACUGGAAGAAGAGUCCGGAGACUGACGUCGUGACCACGCUGAAGAAGCAGAAGAAGAACACCAAGGAUGAGUUUGACGAGAGGGCCAAGGCUGUCAUCGUGGAGUUCGCUCAGCAGGGUCUAAACGCUGCCUUGUUCUUCGAGAAUAAAGACCCCCGGACGUUCGUGUCGUUAGUUCCCACCUCAGCCCACAGCGGCGACGGGAUGGGAAACCUCAUCGCCCUAUUGGUGGAGCUCACUCAGACCUUGUUAGCACGCCGGUUAGCACACUGUGACGAGCUGCGAGCUCAGGUCAUGGAGGUAAAAGCUCUGCCCGGAAUGGGAACCACGAUAGACGUGAUCCUGAUUAACGGGCGCCUAAGGGAGGGAGAGACCAUUAUCGUUCCGGGGGUGGAGGGACCAAUUGUAACGCAGAUCAGAGGGCUGCUGCUGCCACCCCCUCUGAAGGAGCUCCGCGUUAAGAGCCAGUACGAGAAGCACAAAGAGGUGUCGACGGCUCAGGGCGUGAAGAUUCUGGGUAAAGACCUGGAGAAGACGCUGGCAGGGCUCCCCCUGCUGGUGGCUCACAAGGACGACGAGAUCCCCAUCCUGAGGGAUGAACUGGUGCGGGAGCUGAAGCAGACUCUGAGCUGCAUCAAGCUGGAGGAGAAAGGCGUCUACGUGCAGGCGUCCACGUUGGGCUCCCUGGAGGCUCUGCUGGAGUUCCUCCGGACGUCUAAAGUCCCCUACGCCGGCAUCAACAUCGGUCCGGUUCAUAAGAGGGACGUGAUGAAGGCGUCCGCCAUGCUGGAGCACGACCCACAGUACGCGGUGAUCUUGGCGUUCGACGUGAAGGUGGAGAGAGAGAGUCAGGAGAUGGCCGACAGCCUGGGAGUUCGGAUCUUCUCGGCUGAAAUCAUCUACCAUCUGUUUGACGCUUUCACCAAGUACAGGGAGGACUACAAGAAGGCCAAACAAGACGAGUACAAACACAUAGCUGUGUUCCCUGCCAAGGUGCGAGUUCUUCCUCAGUUCAUCUUUAACUCCAGAGAUCCCAUCGUGAUGGGCGUCGUCAUCGAGGCCGGCGUGCUGCGACAAGGAACGCCGCUCUGUGUCCCCAGUAAAGCUUUUGUGGACAUCGGCGUGGUGACCAGCAUCGAGAUGAACCACAAGUCCGUAGACAGCGCCAAGAAAGGCCAGGAGGUCUGCAUCAAGAUCGAGCCCAUUCCCGGAGAGUCGCCCAAGAUGUACGGACGCCAUUUUGAAGCCACCGACAUCAUCGUCAGCAAGAUCACGCGGGCGUCCAUCGACGCUCUGAAGAACUGGUUCAGAGACGAGAUGCAGAAAACUGACUGGCAGCUGAUCAUGGAGCUGAAGAAGACCUUUGAGAUCAUCUGAGGGACCAUAAACACACGCAUACACACAUACUUCCUCCCUCAGAUGACGUCGGGAAAAAGUAAAGAAAAAAGAAAAAAAAAGACGUGAAAGUGUUUUUCUGUGAGAAACAAACGUUUUUUCCACUGUUGUAAACAGUGAUAGUUUAGACUACACACACACACACACUCAGUAUUCCAACGUGCCUGUUCUUCAGCAUCAACGUUGUGUUUUUAUUUUUUCUUCUUCUCUGAUUUGUGGCUGCUACUUUUGCGGACUUACUGAGCUUAACACGGAGCCAGUGGUGCAUUGUGGGAUUUGUAGUGAGCAGCACCAGGGCUGAGAGAGGAGGAAAAAAUGAGUUUCACCUAAAACACCAAAUCCUGGAAGCAGCUGCGGCGGUGACUUUCAAGACUUUAAAGAGCUGACUCAGCGGUCUGUCGGCCAUGUUGGAGGAAUAAAUAAUAGAAGAUUUUAAAAAUGUUUCUGCUGCAACUGCUGAUGUAAUAAAUUCCCAUGAUUCUGACAAAA